GUUUGUGUCUGGAUCCCCAGCUGCACACACGGCUGUGGAUGCUGCUCUGAAAGGGAUGCACUUCUACAGCCACCUCCAGGCUGAGGACGGUCACUGGGCAGGGGACUACGGCGGACCUCUCUUCCUGCUCCCAGGCCUCCUGAUCACUUGCCAUGUGGCUAAGAUCCCUCUGCCCGGGGCCUGGAAGAAGGAGAUGGUGAGGUACUUGCGCUCCGUUCAGCUGCCAGAUGGAGGCUGGGGUCUACAUAUUGAGGAUAAGUCGACCGUCUUUGGCACAGCACUGAGUUACACAUCAUUAAGGAUCCUGGGAGUAGAGCCUGAUGACCCAGAUAUGGUCCGAGCCAGAAAUAACCUGCACAGCAAAGGCGGUGCAGUGGGGAUUCCCUCGUGGGGCAAAUUCUGGUUGGCCAUUUUAAAUGUCUACAGUUGGGAAGGAAUGAACACGCUCCUACCAGAGAUGUGGCUGUUCCCUACAUGGAUGCCGGCCCACCCCUCUACUCUGUGGUGUCACUGUCGCCAGGUCUACCUCCCCAUGAGCUACUGCUACGCUGUCAGACUGGCAGCGGAGGAAGACUCGCUGGUGCUCAGCCUCAGACAGGAGCUUUAUGUCCAAGACUAUGCCACCAUCAACUGGCCUGCUCAGAGGAACAAUGUGGCAGCAUGUGACAUGUACACACCUCACAGCACACUGCUCACCGUGGCCUAUAUGGUGUUAAAUGUGUACGAAGCCCAUCACAGCACCACACUGAGAGGAAUGGCUGCCAGAGAGCUGUAUGAGCACAUCCAGGCUGACGACAGCUUCACCAAGUGUAUCAGCAUCGGACCGAUCUCCAAGACUAUCAAUAUGCUGGUUCGCUGGUAUGUGGACGGUCCGACCUCCGCAGUCUUUCAGGAGCAUGUGUCCAGGAUCCCAGAUUAUCUCUGGCUGGGGCUGGAUGGUAUGAAAAUGCAGGGGACGAACGGAUCUCAACUGUGGGACACUUGUUUCGCUGUACAGGCUUUCCUUGAGGCAGGAGCCCAGGACAACCCCAGGCUGUCAAAGUGCCUCCAAGACGCCCAUCAGUUUCUCACCAUCACACAGAUACCUGAGAAUCCUCCUGAGUACAAGAAAUACUACAGACAAAUGAACAAGGGAGGCUUCCCCUUCAGCACACGUGACUGUGGUUGGAUUGUGGCUGACUGCACAGCUGAGGGCCUGAAGUCAGUGAUGCUGCUGCAGGAGCUCUGUCCCUCCAUCAGCCAGCCUGUCCCCUCUGACCGUCUGUAUGAUGCUGUCAACGUGCUUCUGAGCAUGAGAAACUCAGACGGUGGGUUUGCCACAUAUGAAACUAAGAGGGGAGGGAAACUCCUGGAGCUGCUCAACCCAUCGGAGGUGUUUGGUGACAUCAUGAUCGAUUACACCUAUGUGGAGUGUACGUCAGCGGUAAUGCAGGCUCUGAGGCACUUCCAGAAGGUCUACCCUGAACACCGAGCUGAGGAGAUAAGGUCCACUCUGAGAGAAGGACUGGAGUAUUGCAGGCGGGUGCAGCGGCCUAAUGGGUCCUGGGAAGGGUCCUGGGGAGUGUGCUUCACGUAUGGAAUAUGGUUUGGCCUCGAAGCCUUCGCGUGCAUGGGUCAUGUCUACGAGGACAAGGAUGCGUGUGUGGAGGUGCAGAAAGCUUGUCAGUUCCUGCUGGAGUGGCAGAUGCCUGACGGAGGGUGGGGGGAGGACUUUGAGUCGUGCGAGCAGCGACGCUACAUCCAGAGCAGCACCGCUCAGAUCCACAACACCUGCUGGGCCUUGUUAGGCCUCAUGGCCGUCAGGCAUCCUGACAGGCGGGCCAUAGAGAGAGGAGUACAGCUGCUGAUUGACAAGCAGCUACCUACUGGAGACUGGCCACAGGAAAAUAUCUCAGGUGUGUUCAACAAGAGCUGUGCCAUCAGCUACACCUCCUACAGAAACGUCUUCCCUGUCUGGACCCUCGGACGCUUCUCAACACUUUACCCCAGCAGUCCGCUGGCUGGGAAGGGGAAGCUGUGAAGAGCUUUGGCGGAACAAAGACAGAACAAGCACAAAGCUCAGACAGUGAAAGGAAAGGGUGUAUUUUCCACUACCAUAGAACUUGAGCUGUGUUUUCAAAGAUGAUUCCAUCAGAUAGGAUUCAUUGUCUGAUUUGUUUUUCUUGUUGACAUUCCAGCACAGCUCAUCAGCCAGAGCUGCUAUGGUAAUAUGUGUUAAUUAUGAUGUUCAUUAUACAUUUUAGAAUAAAGAAUUUUCCAUGG